AUGGUAAGUGCAAUGGAUGACCAGUUAGCCGAUUGUCGCGAGGUGUUUUGCUAUUUUGAUAGUAGAGGAGACGAGAAAAUAAGCGUCCAACAGGUAGGUGACGUGUUACGGGCACUUGGACAGAAUCCAACAGAGGCCGAAAUUGGUCGAUGCUGUGCGGCAUACGAAAAGGAAGCUCGCCUUUCAUUUGAGGACUUUGUGCCGAUUUUCCAAUCGAUCAGCAAAAAUAGGUAA